UAAUUAAAAAGGACCAUCCUUGAAAAAAAUGAUUGAUUUAAACGUCACGUCACAAAAUUUAAAUUUUCAAAAUUUAGAAGUAAUAUGAAACAUGGCAAAAGAAAUGACCAAUAUCAAACACGAAUUAUCAGGAAAGCAUGGACUAUCGAUUCCGAAUUUGUACCCCUCCCUAUGCUUAUCAAAAAAAUCCCUCAGAGAAAAAAUGCAUCCUUCCUUACCUCCCAAUCUAGAAAACGGAGAUAACGUGGCCGAAGCUGGCGAUUUAGAAAGCGUCUUUAAAAAAAUAAUUACUGGGCUAACAUCCUCUAAUAAAGUCGUUCGAUCAGAGUACUACAUCCUGUUAGCUACUCUGUUGCACCAGUACAAGAACGUAUCAUUUGAACAAAUCAGAAGUUGCAUAGAAAGUGUAAUACAUCAUUACAAAGAUUGUUCUAGUACUAAAUUAAUUUAUAUGAAUUCGAAUUCAUCAGAAGACGUUUCUAAUGCCUUCAUGGGCGAACUUUUGGCUUACGGGGCUUUGGUACGAUCUGGUGCAUUCUUUAGAUAUUCAGAAUCGAGUCAGAAACAUGUCAUUGAGAAAAUACUGUCCUUCAGGAGUAAACAAGAACGAUUUUCUUUGGCUGCUUCGGUCUUUUUCACCGACAUUAUCGAACAGGUCGAUGAAGACACUUUUUCAAAAUUGGUGUGGCCAAAAUUGAAACAAGAAAUCGUAGUUCCUUGGUUGGAUCAAAACUUAGACACCCUGUAUCUAAUUUUCAUAGCCAAACGCCGAUUUCCUGACGUAAUUAACGCCUGUAGCUCGAUCAAAAUAUUGAACAAUUCUGAAUUAUUUUCAGCGGAUAAUAUGAAGUACCUCUGCACAAAACUUUUGGACGUUUCAUCGUACGACCAAUUGAAUCACCCUGUAUAUUCUGUUGUAAGUAAUGAAAUAGCAAAUUCGGUUGUCUUGAUAUAUUUCGUUUACCAAUUGGACCAUUGUUUGGAAGAACAAAGUCUUAACAAACUCGUAGCGGUUUCGGUCAUUUUGACCAAUAUCAUACGAGCCCUUGACGAUUUGUCUUUACUCACCGAGCUUCUACAGUACAAUUUCAUGUUGCAACUUCAACACCACUUUCGAACUCCGAACACCAGCGAUCCUGAUUAUCCGAAAGCCGUUGCAAGAGUUAACGAAUUUUUCGAAACCCUGUUGACCGUGUUUAGAAAUUCUUAUAUACUGGACCAGUACAAAGUGGCGCUACUUAAAAAGCUUUUGCUGUACCCCGGUGAUCUGCUAAUAGACAAUUAUUUUGACGUAAAAAUUGUCCGCGGCAUGACGUCGAUCCUGCAUACCGAGGGCGUUAAAGAAUUAUCAAAUCUGUACAAAAAGAUUGUGACGGAAAACAUAAAAAAAGAAAAUAAAGCUAAGGUCGAUUCUCCCUGGACCCUGGACGAAAAAAGGCACGCUUCGAAUGCUUUUGUCCAAUUGCUAGCUCAUCCAGCAGUCUCUGAAGAAUUUGAUUGGAGAACUGAACAAAUGAGAUUUUUAAUUCAUCGCGGAUUUAUUGACGAUAAUUCCGUUGAAAAUAUCGACCCGCAACUUUCAGAUUUUCUUCGAGAAUUAUUUUACACGUCUCUCAACUUAAAAUUACCAAAUCUAGAACAGCAACGUUCCACCUUCUCGGCAAUUUUCAAGUACGUCAAAGUGUUGACUUAUCAACUCGAUCUAAAUAUUAACCUUCGCAUUAAACUACCCCCCGAAACGUUGGAAAUGUGGAAGACCGUUAAUGAGUUUAUAAAUGCAACAGAGGGAAAAAUAAAAACAAAUGAACCCGCGAAUCUCUUCUUUCAAACUUUAAUAUUGCAAAUGACUUUGUAUCUUUUAACUGGUGAGGAAAUGGCGAUCGCAUGCCUCCAAGAGAUCUUACUCAGUUACCAGAAAAUCAAAAGCAAAGCACAAAGCGCUUGGGUGAACGAAAUUGUUAUGGACUUGUUGUUGGUGUUAUUAACUUACCAUUCGGAUUUUAUACAAAAAUCGGUCUAUUGUAUGAGUGGAUAUUUGAAUGAAUUUGUCACGUAUGGUACUGUACGAAAAUUACUGCCCAUAUUAGACGCCUCUUAUGACAAUUCACCCCAUUACACCGAAUUCAACGAACAAGAAUUCAACAUUUACGAUAAUGAGAACGAAAUAAUUAAAGAAGCAAUCAAAGGAAAUCAGUUUCAAAAAUAUCGAAAAUAUGCCCAGCAAGUCUUCGAAACAUUAAAAGUUUCAAACACAAACGUCAUAGGAGAUAAUUCAACUACAAAAGCUAUGGUGAUCCUUAAGGAAUACGCAGUAACCAUUUUAGACUCUUAUAUUUCUACUAAUUGCAACUUGACAGCCUGUUUGAAUAUUUUGGCUACUUUAAUAAAUUCACUCGAAGCGACUGCAAAAAUGAACGACUGCGAAACACUCAACGGUCGUUUGAAAAAUUGCUUCAAAACCCUCACAUCCCUCAGGAAAUUCAAUUCGUUUGAAGGUCUGACAAGUACAGAUCUCAGCAACUUUUUAAGAGCACUUUUGGACAAAGCAAACGAGGAAAACCAGUUCAAACACACAACAGCCGAAAUUUGCAAAUCAUGCCAGUUCAUCAUCAAGUGCUCGACCCUAAUAAAUUCGACAGAAGCAGCCCCAGAACCAACGAAAAGGAAAUUGAACCAAAAACUCACAAGAACAUUAACAAUAGCUUUGGAAUCGUUCUUCAACAGUAAAGAAACGUCAAAUGUGUUUAGUGUUUUCAAGUCAAUUUUCAAGCAAAAGUGGAUCUGUGUCUUGUACGUGGUUCCAAAUUUGUACAUUUACGGUUUCAAACCAGAUAUUAAAAUGAUCAAGCGAAUCCUGGCAUUGGAAUUACUGACAACAUUCUAUAACAACCACGAGCUACUGAAAGUCGAAAAAUACAGGGCUGAAAAGUUCCUACAGGACGACGAAGUCCAAUUUUCCGAUAACAUAAUCAACUUUUUCAAAAUUCAAUGUCUAAACUCACCCCAAACGAAACCAAACGAAAAAUAUAUUACGAACAUAUUUCGGGUGCUAACGUCUGUGAUAAACAGCCCCACUAAAGAUGACCAUUUCGAUUGGAGGAGCAUAAGGGACUAUAUAAGACAAUACAGAGGGCUGACUAUAUUCACCAGGGACGCCAAAUGUGCUUACAAAGAACUCCUCGGAAAGCUGGAACCCUGUUCCUCUGUGAAGGACGACAAUAAACAGUCACUAAUAGAUUUAGACGAACUAAAUACUAUACGUGUUAGCAAGGAAGAUUUAAUCACAAAACUGAGUUGUUGCUCCGAAAAACUGAACAAUAUCGUCUUGUCAUUGAAGGAGAGCAACCAUCACGAACAAAAGUCGAAUGAAAAAGAUGAAAAAGGACAACAAAAGACACGAAAGAGCAGAAGCGAUCAUGGAUCAUCCCCACACAGUGGAGAUCUAAAGGUUUCGAAAAUUUUACGCGUCAAAGAGAAACCAGGAAGCAGCAACAUACAUGACGGUAAAAAUAAAAAAACUAAUAAUAAUAAUAAUGGUGAUUAUGAAUAUAUGUCGAUAAUAAGAAAAGUGCAUAAAGCUAAUAAAGGGAAAAGGGAACCGAUGGAAAGUCGAAGCCGCUCGCGAAGCAACAGCGAAGAUAUUUCUAUUGUAUCUUUCGAAUAUCAAGAAGAAAAAAGUCAAAGUAAAGAAAAAGUUAAGUCUGGAAAACGUAAAGCCAGCACAGAAAAAAUAGAAGAUGAUAAAGAAGCUCUAAAAAUAGCUUCAAACGAAAUAACAGAUAACAAAACUACACGGCCUGAAAAAGACGCUAAUUCUGAUGAAAACAGUAUGAGAGAAUUGUCUACAAUGUCCGCCGAAUGUAAAAGCGAAAACUUAAUCCAAACGAAUGGCCUAAAAAGAAGUAAGAUUAAGCACGAAGUGUUUUCAAAAUCAUGUCCCACAAUAGACGAAGAAGCAGAUGUUGAUUUGGAUAAGGGAAAGGUUACUAAAAAUGUCGAAAAACUGGCUCCAAAAAAACCAAGUAACUUCAAUAGCAAAGACUCGUCUCAAACCAAAAUAAAAAGAACUAACAGCCCCACGACAAAUACCAAUCCAAAAGAAAAUCUAACUCGUAAAAAAGCUCAAACUAAUAUGGACGAAUCGGUAAAAGAUGAUUCUGCUAUUAGUAACAAAGGCAGCAAACCAAAAACAAAAAAUAAAUCCAUCAGAAACAACAAUAAAAUAAAAAGCAUGAUCAAAAACAGCAACUGCAUGUUUGAAAAUUUAAUUGAAGCUAUUACUGCCAAGAGUCCGAGCGAGAGACGACUAUUAGAACAAGAAAAGAAUACGGGACCAAAAAAAGUUGGAAAAUCACCACAAGAUUUGUCAUUGGCUUCUAAUCGAGCUUCCACGAAUAUUUUUCAGGACAAAAUGGUCGCCGAAUCGCAAAAAAAAACAAAAGAAAAACCAACAGUGAGCCAAAAGUUGGUUUUUCUCAAAACAAAAAGUCACUAGACGCCAUUUCCAUGGAAUCAACCAUCAACAACAAAGAAAACACAAAAAAAUUAUUUAUCUCGACCUGAUAUACGCUCUAUAUAUUUCAAUGUUGUUGAAGCUUUAACUGUGUGCCUACUUUAAUAGACAUUAUUAUUUACUAAUUUUCUAAUAUAAAAAUAUAUUUGCCAUUAAAUAUUGCAUUAUGCAGUGUGCCUACUUGAUCUUUGUAAAAAAAAGGAAA